GCCACGGUACAAGUUCCCUACCAGCCAUCUUUGAUGGCAGCUCUUCAAGACCAUUAUUUUUUGCAUUGAGUGUUCAUUUUGAUAUCUACUAGUGACUACUAAUCGACAAAACACUUUUACCAGAAUUUCGCCUAUGGACCAAACAAUGGGCAAGAAACUUCCGAAAGGGGCACAGUUUGUGUAUUUAAAAUUCUCGAAUCUGUCACUUUUUUGUUUUGCUAUAACUGCUGAGAAGUCGAUUUAUUUUCAUUUCAUCUUUCAAUAAUGAGCAAUGGCCAAACAAAACCAUAUUACGCUAUUGUAUCAGGUUUAUGUGCUUCAUCGGCUAGUUUUUUCGGGAAGUUGAGUUCGUUCGGUGAGCAGCUGGCAGAUAAUAUGGGAAACAAACAGCCCCAACUAUUCCUUCAAGUUCUAUGCCUCAGCAUUAUGGUCCUAUUGAAUGCUUGCGUAUGGCGAUUCUUCGUCAAAGCUCUUCACACAAAUGGUGGAACACUGGUGGCCUCACUCGUUAGUGCUGCCACCAAUUACGCGGCAUCGGCCAUCCUCGGAUGGUUGAUAUUUCAUGAGCAAACUUCGUAUUGGUGGUGGAUUGGAACCGCAUUCGUUCUCGGAGGCCUACUUUUAAUAGUUCAUGACGACGAAGAGAAAAAGGUGAAGAAUAAAUAGGCAUAGAAAAAAUAAAGUUUAUUUAUCAAUGUAAAAACAUCUAAAUAGUACCAGUUAUUGAAAG